UAAAAUAUAGAUGGCCCACUAUCAGUGUACACAAACAUGAGGGGUUGCCUUUAAUCUCGCUUCAGUUUUCGAAAUUGAGAACGAUAAAGUCGGUUGAACUUUUCAUGUUACAUCCAUGCAGAAAUACUUAAAUAAUCCAAUCGUUCGACUGCGACAUUUUAUGUUAAAGUUUUAUUUCCUAAAGUUAUUAAGUUUGAUAAUUAAAAAGAGAGGUUAAUGAUCGGUAUGAGUAAAAGUUGUGAGUGUAAUUACAAAUAAAUUGUAAUUAAUUGAAUACUUCUGUUAUUUCAAUUACAUGUAGAUCAUUAAACAAUUGCAUAUACAAUAAAACAUAUUAAAAAUAGUUCGUAAAAAUUCAAUAACUAACUGAAUAAAAGUGAAUAUGGAAGCAGGAUAAAUAUAUCUGUUUUGUAAUAAUAUUACCAAAAGUAUAAUUAACGGUAUAACGAUUUUAAAGAAGAAUAUAUGGCUUAUAAGGACAAUAUAUAAAGGCUUAAUAUAUUCAUAUAUUUAUUUUUAUAAAUUCACUAUGAGCGGCAGAGAAAGUAAUGAAACUAAAUGCGAGAGAAGUUCGAGAAGUAAACGACACAGAAUGAAGGAACAGGCGCAAUCUAUUAACAGCGAUGAAUCUGACAGCAAGUUAAAGAGAAGAAGCGCGUGCAGUAAAGAUAAAAGGAAGAAGUCAAGACGUAGAAGUAGCUCGAGUAGUUCCAGUUCUUCCAGUACUUCCAGCCACGAGGCUAAAUUGCAAAAAAUUAAGAAAAAAAAAAAAGAUUGCGAUGAGCGUACAUUUAAAGAAUAUAAAAAUGGAAUUGCACUGCAAAGAAUGGACAGGUCUGUAAACAAUUAUAAAAGUUUAAGGAAUUACAAUAUGCCAUCACAUAAUUUCAGGGAACGCGGUAAUACAACUAUGAGAGGAUCAUAUAAAUAUGGAAGAUUUUAUAAUAGAAAUAGAAGAAUGCCGUAUAACAAUUACCAAUACUACAGGCGUAAUAAUGAGGGGAGGAAUUAUUAUACGCAUUACAAUAAUAGAAUACCUAAUUACAAUAGAUCACGGAAUAAUCAAGAUCAAAAUAUUGAUUAUCACAGGAAUUCAAACAAGGAUGCAUCUAAUCAAUUUGUGGGAGAAAGUAAUUCUAGAGACAGUAGUUCCAAACAAGAUAAAUGUUCAUUAAAAAUAGACAAAAUACAUAAUAUAAAAACCAAUGUAGAUCCUUCGCAUACAAAGAUUAGAGAGAAAAGGAAAGCAGAUUGUUUGGAGAGAAAGUCUGAUCAUCGUACUCAAAAAAAGAGGAAAAGAAGAUCAUCCUCUUCUUCCAGUUCAUCCAGUACAAGUAGUACUAGCAGUGUUAGUAGCAGUACCAGCAGUACCAGUAGUACCAGUAGUAGUAGCAGCAGCAGUACUAAUAGUACCAGCAGUUCUGAUUCUUCCGAAGAUGAAAGAAAACGUCAAAAACAGAAAAAAAAAGCUAAAAGAGUUAAAAAAAAUGUAAAGAAGCAUAGGAAGAAGAGGAAGUUGAAGAAAAAUUCAAAGAAGAAGUUGAAAAAGUCGUCGACUACUGAAAGUAAAAAACGUACUUCCGAAAAAACUAAGGAUACUGCUGCAGAAAUUCCACCUGAUUUGUCAGAGAGAGCCAAACUAAUGGCUCCUAUUACAAAAGAAGAAUGGGAAAAAAAACAAAGUUUGAUACGCAGGGUAUACGAUGAUGAAACAGGAAGAUAUAGAUUAAUUAAAGGAGAAGGUGAAAUAAUAGAAGAAAUUGUUAGCCGAGAACGUCAUAAGGAAAUAAACAGACAAGCCACCAAAGGAGAUGGAGAUUACUUUCAAGCACGAUUAAAAGGAAACAUUUUGUGAAUUAUUUUUAUAUAUAAUAAAAGUUAUGCUUUUUAAAUAAUUAUUAAGUUAUUGUGAACGUCAGUAUCCUGUAUUAUUAAAUCUCUAUUAUUAUAUCUAUUUUGUAAUGUUUCAAAAACAGCUUACAAUUUAAGAUACUUUAACACGUGUUUAGACAAAUCUUGUAGUUGGUAAUAAAAUUAUGAAAUAAUAUCUUGUCUGCACUAUAUUUAAAUAAAGAAAAAUUAUGUUAUAGUAUAUUGAGAAUAUUAAGAAUGUUUUUUUCAUUCACAGUUACAAAUUACAUUAUAUCACAGUAACAAUAGUUAUUUGUGUGUGUAAUAUAUCCAUAUUCUAUAACUAGAUGUCUUUGAUUUUGACCACCGAUCGAUAUAUCGAUAUUUUACACGAAUUAUGA